CUCGGAGCCGCCCCCCCGGCCGGAGAGAGGGUGCGGUGCCCGGCGGUGGGAGCGCCCCGGCCCGGGCCUCGGUCCGCAUGCCCGGCCGGGGCCGCCGCCGCUCGGGCCAUGGGCUGACCUCGCCCCGCUGCCCCGGGGCCCCGGCAUGUCGGUCCGCUACACCCUCAACCUGCGCGUCUUCUGGCCGCUGGUCACCGGCCUGUGCACGGCCCUCGUCUGCUUCUACCACGCCCUGAGCGGCGGGGGCGGGGACCCCGGCGGCCGGCCCCCCGACGGCGGGACCCCCGGCUUCCCGGUGUUCAAGGCCGCGCUGCUGCUGCUGCUCGGCUACCUGGUCCUGCGCUGCCGCCACGCCGCCCGCCAGCGCUUCGCGGCCGCGGCCCCCCGGGCCGGCCGGCCCUCCUGGCCGUCGGCCCGGCCCGCCGCCGCCGGCCCCAGGCCGGGGCUGCGGGUCCUGCUGGAGAGCUUCUACGAGCACGAGGUGCGCCUGUCCCCCCACGUGCUGGGCCACAGCAAGGCGCACGUCAGCCGCAUCGUGGGCGAGCUGGUGCGGGCCGGCCGGGCCCAGGGUCCCCAGGAUCCCCAGGGUCGCCUGGCGCUGGCCUUCCGCGGGGACUUCGUCCGGGUGGGCAGCGCCUACGAGCGCCACAAGAUCGGGCGGCCCGACGCCUUCGACGUGCUGGUGCCCCUGCGCCUGCCGCCCCUCGUGGCGCUGGAGCCCCGGGCCUGGGCCGCCCAGCCGGGCCCGGCCCCCGCGCCCGGGGCUUGCUUCGUGUGCGCCCUGAGGGCCCCGAGGGCGGCCGGGGGCCAGUGGGCCCGCGACUGCAAGCCCUUCGCCGACCAGUUCUGCGCGGACCUGCGGGGCCGGCCCCAUCUGUCGUCCGGCCUGGUGCUGCGCUGGUUCCAGGCGCGGCUGCAGCGCUGCCUGGGCACCGUGCGCUACCGGCUGGAGGAGCGCUGCCGGGUCAGCCUGGCCCCGGGCGGCCAGGACCGGCCGCCCACCCUCCACGUCCUGCCCCGCCGCACCGACUACGGCUGCUGCCGCCUCUCCAUGGCCGUGCGGCUCAUCCCCGCCGUGCACCUGGGCGACGGGGUCUUCCUGGUGGCCCCGCCGCCGGACCGGCCUCCCGGCCCGCCGCCCCAGGCGCUCUGGGGGGUCAACACGGCCCGUCACGAGCAGCGCCUGCUGGCCUGGCUGCAGGACCGGGCCCCGCCCCAGGCCUGCCACCUCAAGUGCCUGCGGCUGCUCAAGGCCCUGCGGGACCUGGGGGCCCGGGGGCUGGAGGCCGAGGCCGCCGCCCGCUGGGGGCGGGUCCUCUCCUCCUUCGGCCUCAAGAUGGCCUGGCUGGCCCUGCUGCUGCGCGGGCCGCUGCAGGGCUGGGAGGAGGAUCGCCUGCCGGAGCGCCUGGAGGAGCUGGUGCUGCACCUCAGGGACUGCCUGCUGCGACGCCGCCCGCUCCUGCACUGCCUCCUGGGCGCCGGGGUCGCCGGGGUCGAGGCCCUGUCCCUGCCCCAGCUGCUCCGCGAGGCGCCCCCGGUCGACCUGCUGGCCGGCUUCGACGGGCGCUGCCGGGAGCGGGUGGCCGCCCGGCUGCUGCGCACGUGGCUCCACCUGCCGGAGCUCCUCGCCGCCUACGGAGGCCCCCGCUACCUGCUCCCCGGCCCGCCGGCGCGGGACCAGCGCGCCCCGGGCCACCCCUGGGACCUGCCGCCCGCUUAGUCAGUGGCAAGAGUGCGGGCGUGGGAGUCGGUCGGACGACCUGGGUUCUGGGUCACUCGGCGCCCGGGUCCCCUCGGGCAAGCCGCCUGACUCCUCUGGGCCUCGGUCACCUCAUCUGCACAGGUGGGGCUGGAAGCCGUGAGCCCCACUUGGGACGACCCGAUUACCUUGUAUCUACCCCAGCGCUUAUAGAACAGUCUUGGAUCCGUGCUACGCACUCAACAAAUACCAUCAUCACUAUCAUCAUUAUUAUUGUUAUGCAGCCUUGACCCCGGCCCCCGGGGAGAAAUCGGGUGGGGGGGCGCUCCACCUGGCUUUCCCUUCCCGUCUGAAGCAGCGGGGCUUAGUGGCAAGAGCCCGGGCCUGGGUGUCAGAGGUC